GACAGCUUUAUAUUUAUUCAUAGUUUGUUCAUAUUCCUCAUUGUUUUUCAAGGUUUUCAUUUUCAAGUGUCAAAAAUUGUUAAACCUCUUAAAACAAUUGAGAUAUUUAAUAAUUACUCAUUGUUUCAAGUGUAAAUAAAAAAAGAAAAUGGUUCAAAUAAUCGACAAAAUAUCUACCUUUUUUCAUUAUUGGUACUUCAGAUAUUUACUUGUGACAGAAUUGUACAUGGUAGAAAAAUGGGAAAGACACUUUAUUAACAUCUUUCUAAUAUCAAUGUUCUGUUUAUUCUUCUUCUUCAACUACAAAGCAGUAUUACCAACGACUUCUUAUCUUCUUGCUAUAAAUGAAUCAUAAUUAUGCACGAAAAAAAAUCAGUUUUUUAGGAAUAAAAUAAUGCAUUUAAAAACAUUUUAAUCAUUGGCACAGAAGUUUCCAAAUGAAUGACACAAACCGUAUUUAUUUUUGUAAAUAGACAAAAGACACGCCUCUAUCUUUAACAGAUUUGUUUAUAUUUAAUGAUGACGAGAAUAUUGUCUCAACCUUGUAAAUAUAUAUCCUGUUGAAAAAUAAAAACUUGCAUAAAAAUGGAAA